GUUGUAAUGCCAUGCCAUUUUCCGUGGGACUUGAGCCCAGUUUUGUUUUAAUGGAUUGGCCCAACUGAUGAAAAUACAAAGAAAAAAGAAACGAAAAAUCCAAUUUUACAGAGAAGCCGCCAUGGAUGAUGAAGCUUUGAACCUGAAGAGCUUCUUGAAAUGGGCAACUGAGCUUGGAAUCUCAUAUUCUCCUUCAACUUCUACAACCCCAUCACCAGAUUCUUGUAUGGGAUACUCCCUUUUUGUCUCUAGUUUCCCUGAAGCUGGAGGGAGAGGUUUAGCAGCAGCUCGUGAUAUUAAGAAAGGAGAAUUGAUUCUUAGAGUUCCAAAGGGAGUGUUAAUGACUAGUCAAUGUCUUAUGAGAAACGAUGAGGCAUUGUCUAUUGCUGUCAAGAAACACCCUUCUCUCUGCUGUACUCAGAUUUUGGCUGUUGCACUAUUAAACGAAGUGAACAAGGGGAAGAGUUCACGGUGGUGGCCCUAUCUAAAGCAGUUCCCCCGCAGUUAUGACACACUUGCGGAUUUUGGAAAGAUCGAGAUACAAGCAUUGCAAAUUGAUGAUGCCAUCUGGGCUGCACAAAAGGCUUCUCAGAAGGCUGAAGGGGAGUGGAAAGAAGCUAGUGCGCUUAUGCAUGAGCUCAAGCUCAAGCCACAGCUCCUGGCUCUUAAAGCUUGGCUAUGGGCCUCUGGUUCUAUAUCCUCGCGCACCAUGCACAUACCUUGGGACGAAGCUGGCUGUUUUUGCCCUGUGGGAGAUUUCUUCAACUACGUAGCACCUGGAGAGGAAACAUCUAAUUCUGAAGAUCAGGUCACUGGAGAGCCAUUUUCAUUGCAAGAAGACAGUAUGCUUAAAUCGGUAACUGAAUUGGCCGCAGCACAUAGGCUAAUCGAUGCUGGAUUUGAGGAAGACGUUUCUUCAUACUGCUUCUAUGCUAGAAGAAACUACCGGAAAGGAGAACAGGUGAUGCUGAAGUUAUUCCUCCCUUUCUUAUACUUUUUCUUUCUUCGUCUGUAUGGCAUGGAGUUAAUUAACUUAUAUGGCUCGUUUCGAUGAAAAAUUUGUGUAUGGUGGAUGGUCUUUCACUUGAUAUUCAGAAAAUUAGAAACUUCAAUGAUUAACAGCUCAUGUAUCGCAAUGGAAAUCCAGUGUCAUUGAAGUUUAAAUAGAUUAAGACAACUCCAUCUUCCUUUGAUUUUUGAACGAGUUUGU